AUGCCCUUCCUACGACGCCGCGGCGUCAUGGCCAGCGAGAACGACAUGCGGCGACACACCCUCAUCGACCCGGGCUCAGGUGCGACCUCGGGCCCUGCUUCUCUCAGGGCCAAACAGGCCGCGCCGCGCAAAUCGCUGGCCGACGACCUCCUCAGCCCCAACGCAGCCAUGGCCGGUCCCGAGUACGACGACGGCGGUCGAAUCGCCAAGACCACCACGAACACCAGCGUCAGUGGCAGUGGGAGGGGAACCGCCAAUGGCGAGCACUCCUCCAUGGAGGAAGCCAACAUCCCGUCCAUGUCUACGUCCAUGUCCAUCGGGCGGCCGAGCGAAGACCCCUUUGACCGCCCGGAAUCCCCGCCCAUCCAGGAGCAAACGCCAAAGCAUCGCCGAUUCUCCAUGUUGAGGUUUCGAAAUGCCUCUGACUCCCAGCUGUCCACGCGAAUGCGACAGCAGCAGCUGGCCGAGAAACCUCCGCCCAUGCCGCAGCUCCAUGCGAACCUGCCAACAGCCCCAGCUAUUAUCACCACGGCCCCUACGAUAGACUCCACCCAGAGCCAGAAGAAAUCGCGAAUCAAAUUGCCCAAGAUCCGCCGGUCCGGGGAGAUGACGAGACCGGACGAUGGGGGCAAGCUUAAGCUCAUUCCUAGCAAGAAGGAUAGGAGGAAAUCCAUGACUGGCCUAAUUAGAGAGGAACUGUCUUCUUCAGGCGCGAGUACGGGAAGCAAACACACAGUCACAUUUCAGGAGCCGCGGCCUCGACCCUUGACCUCGAACUCGCAUCCCGGGCCUCCUGCGUGCGGAGAUGGCCAGGGCUCUGCUCUGGGCCUGCCAGCGAGCCGUCUAUCCGAGUCGGAGCGAUCGGAGGCCAGCUCUGGGGAUCACAACGGGGCCCAUGGCGGCAGUACCACGAGCGCCCAACCGGCGUCCUCCUCCUCCAGCAAUUUCUUUCGUCUCCCCCGCCGGAAACAUAAGCAACCGGAGUCCAUGUUUCCUCUUGGCCAUCUCCCGCAGAGGAGCAAAACGCCAGUGCUCCAGCCGACAGCAUCCAGUUCGUCGCUCACCAAUACGUCCCGACCCUCGACGGCACAAAGCAGGCCAACUCUCGUCGCCUCCCCGUCUCACGGAGCAACUCCGAAGGGUCCUUCGUCUCCAGCCACGGCACUAUUCCGCCCGGCUUCCCGGAACUCUGGCCAGUCGUCGCCUACGCGAGCUCACCUCGCUCUGAGAGGGAGAUCAUCCACCAUGAGCUCCCUCGGACGAAAUUCCGGAGAAGACCCACAAUUCCCAGGGGCGACGCGCACCUCCUCUUCGACAGGUCGCAAGAGCUUCGGCGAUCUCCUUGGGCUGAGUAGACUGCGCCAGAAUCCAGACAUGUCACGCCAUGGCAGCUUGACCCCGGCAACGCCAGGCUCCAGCACGUCCAAGAACAACUCGUUACAGCUCCCAAGAGAACGGGAGUCGGUCGUGCUACCGGAGCGCCGUGAAGACGAUACCCCAGCCAAGUAUCUCGCUCGUCUCGAGGAUAUGCUCAGCCGUGGGGUGAUUGCUAGUGCGUUGUCCAAAGGCUCAGACCCCUUUUCAGCAGCAGUCUUGAGAAGUUACAUGCGGACGUUUGGCUUCUUUGAGGAACCAAUGGAUAUGGCGAUUCGAAAGUUACUCAUGGAGGCUGAGCUUCCCAAGGAGACUCAGCAGAUCGACAGAUGCCUGCAAGCUUUCGCGAACCGAUAUCACGAAUGCAACCCCGGCAUCUACUCUAGCCCUGACCAGGCAUACUUUAUUGCUUUUUCCCUGCUCAUCUUGCAUACCGAUGUGUUCAACAAGAACAAUAAGCACAAGAUGCAGAAGCCGGACUAUCUCAAGAACACGCGCGGCGAAGGCAUCUUCGACGAUGUGCUUGAGUGCUUCUACGAUAAUAUCACAUACACACCAUUCAUACAUGUUGAAGACGAUUUAUCCAUCAAUGGGGAUCAAAUCGGUGGUCACAAGUCGAGAAAGAAGAUCAUGUUCAACGGCAACGGCACUCCAGAACCACCUAAAAGAUCGAAGGAUCCGAUCGAUCCCUACACGAUGAUUCUGGAUGGGAAACUUGAUUCGCUGAGGCCACCCCUCAAGGAUCAGAUCCCUCUAGAAGAACACUACAACUAUAUGGGCACCGUCAAGGAGCUGAAUGUAAGGGAGCUGCAGAGAACGUUCUUCAAGACUGGCGUACUGCAGAUUGUCUCUGCACGGUCGAGACCUGAUGCCUUCAUUAACGAGAAGACUUUGUCUAAUCCCGAGGAAGCCAAACCUGGCAUCGUCGACAUCAAGGUCACCAAGGUUGGCACAUUAUGGAGAAAAGAUGCCAAGAAAAAGAAGACUAGAUCCCCCUGGCAGGAGUGGGGCGCCAUCCUCACAGGAGCCCAGCUCUACUUCUUCCGGAAUGCCACCUGGGUCAAAAGCCUCGUGCACCAGCACGAGCAGCACGUGAAGUCGGGGCAUGACGGCAUCCCACUGAUCUUCAAACCGCCCUUGGAAGAGUUCAAACCUGAUGCCCUCAUGUCGACAGAUGGUGCAGUCGCACUGUUUGAUCAGUCCUACAAAAAACAUAAAAACGCGUUCAUUUACGUCCGGCAUGGCGGCCUCGAGGAAGUCCUGCUUGCUCAUGACGAGAACGACAGGAACGAUUGGUUGGCCAAGCUGAACUAUGCUGCCGCGUUCAAAACGUCUGGGGUCCGGAUGCGAGGAGUUGUGGGUGGCAACUAUGAGGGUCAAGGUCGCCGGGCAAUCCGGAGACUGGACAGCAGUGAAGUCACCCAGGUUGUCCAGACGCCUACGGGAGAGGUUAGCAUCAACCGGAGCCGCAUCGACCAGCAGAUGGCUAGGGAUAUCCUCUCGGCUCGGCGUUACACGAUGAAAGAUCGAAUCCAGGAUGCGGAGGAGAAGCUCCAGGCAGCGCAGAAGCAGCUGGACACGCAAUUGCGGAAUGCCCGACACCUCUUGAUACUGUCACCCAUCCAAGAGAAGACGCGCGAACAAGUCCGCGCGGGUGCUGCGAAGGUUAUUGCUCAGCUCAAAUGGUCACGGGCAGAGAUGUGGAGGCUGAGGUGCCACCGGGAUAUUCUGCAGUUGGAUUUGGAAGAGGACAAGCAACUCAACGGUGACCUGGGAGAGAUGGAGACGGUAGCGGAGCAUCCAGCUUUGACCCACAAGGAGUCCAAAGCAAGCUCUCACUUGACGCAACAGCAGAGUCCACGGUCCCCUGCGCCUUUGUCACUGACUCUCUCUUCUGGCUCACUCGGACAGGCAGACGGCGAGUCUCCCGUCACCGAAGUCUUCCAAACACCACCCACCAGCGCAACGGCCUCGACCUUCCAGAAGCCGUCAGGCGCCAAGGAUGCCAUGGCGCUGCCUCCGGAUCAUCCAACCCUCAGGAAACCCUCCGUUUCCAGCAUCGCCUCAUCGAUCCCCCAGGCUCCGUCCUCACCACCUAAGCAAGCCACUAGCUCUGUGCCCGGCCCAGAACCAAACCAAUACGAUGACCAUGAUGCGGUGGACGCUGGCGAACGACGAGUGUUGGAGCAAGCAGGGUUGCUUGAGAUUGAGCACUCGCGAACACCCGACCGGCCAAGCUCAUCUGCCAAUGGUCCUGAGGACACUCUUGACCGGCACAAGCGAACCAGUGUUUCCGCCUCUGAUAAAGAGAAAGCAGAUCGAAGCAAACUACGGCGCAGCCUUCAACGCACUCUUAGGGAGAGUACGGGACACCUCUCGCAUCACCGGAGUCGGAGGGGCAAGGAUUCCGCUUCGAGCGGCGCGUUGUCUGACGACGUCGCUCGUGACGAUGUCUUGACCCGAGGCACUGGAAGCUUCACGGUCCAUGGAAAGAAAGCCUCUGUGAUCAACUUCAGCUCAGACCUACAGGGCAUCUCAUCCGACGAGCGCAUUCGUCAACGAAAGCAGCCCGUGCCAGACGAGCCUGUGCUCUCCCCUGCCAGCGUCGACGAUGACUUCCACUCCGUCCUCGGAGAGCCAGCUCUGGCGAGAGAAAGGAGAGAGUCAGCUGCGAGUGCCAGCACCGCCACCGCCAGAUCCUUCCGUGAGCUGCAUCGAAAGUACUCAUCGGCUCAGAAUGUUCACAGGAUUGCCAGCGGCGGAUUGGUCGUGCCCUCUGACGACGACAGCGACGCGGCCAUCAGCUUUUCUGAUGGACACCGCACACCAUUACCACCACUGGAGGACGGGUCCGGCGGUGAGGAGGAGGAGGAGGAGUCGGGACGCUCCAGUGCGCCACCAACCCGUCAAUCCCUGUUCUUCACGCCGGAGCCGCCGGGCUCGCCGGUCAACGAAGUUGAUGAGGAUGAUGACAAGGAGGAAACAAACCAACAAGCCCAUGAGCGCCUGAGCCCGCCUGUUCAAACUGUCAACGCAUAA